AACUAACCAUGGCUUGCAAAAGAGGUCAAGUUUUAACCAUAGUUAAGUUUCUUAACCUUACUCCACGAAUCGGGUUAAAGCAUGAACUUUCCUACAGCGAGAACAAGCACACGCAACAAUACAACAACGAUAAAUUAACACUGAGAAUUCAUUUGUUCUUGUUCAAUUCAAUUCAAAACCUUUUUGUUUAUUUUUUUGUUUGAACUAAAAAUUCCCUGAGUCGACUCGGUCGAGUUGUCUCAGAUUCUUCUAUAAACCUCACACACAAUUCUUCAUUUUUGUUCCUUUUUUCUUACACAGUUUGUUUCAGAUCUCGCAUUAAUUACAGCGACUUCGUAUUCUAAUCUCAGCUCAAGCUCAAUCUACACCGUUCAGUUUGUUUCCCUUGAUUAAGGAUUUUUGUUCAUUUUUGCUAUAUAUAAGCACGAUGGGGGUUGUUGAGUUGAUGUAAAAUUUGCUGAGUGUGUAAUUUUACUACUGACAUUGGAAUUUCGAUAUUAUAGUUCUGUUGAUUAAUGAUUGUUGUACUAGUGUAAGAGAUUGGUGUUGUUGUUAAGAUUUUGGUGGAAUUAUUGUUGUUGGUUCUGAAGAAAAAGAAAAGAAGGUUUUUUUCCUUCUGGGUUUGUUUAUGUCUCGUAAACUAGAGAGUCCAGUUCAGACCCAGAUGGCAGUUGCAGUGAUGAGGAGUCCUCUUGGGGGGGAAUAUCAUGGGAGUCAGAAUCAGAGCCAGAGGCAACCGGCUGGUAGGAGACGUGUUUUCGUCCAAACCGAUAAGGGUUGUGUUCUUGGUAUGGAGUUGGAUCGUGGGGACAAUGUACAUACUGUUAAGAGAAGGUUGCAGCUUGCUCUUAAUGUCCCUGUUGAAGAGAGUUCUCUUACUUUUGGUGAUAUUGUCUUGAAAAAUGAUCUUAGUGCUGUUCGGAAUGAUUCGCCUCUUUUAUUGACAAGGAAUGUUAUCCAUAGAAGUUCAUCAACUCCUUGUUUGUCCCCAUCUGGUAAGGAUAUCCAGCAAGGGGAUAAGAGUGGUCCUAUUGAGAUAUUGGGACAAUCAAAACGCCUUGAUAUUGUGAAAGAUAUGGUUAAGGACAUUGUGAAAGCAAUUAAGAUCGGGAUAGAUCCGGUUCCGGUUAAUGGUGGACUUGGAGGUGCCUACUAUUUUAGGGAUAGUAACGGGGAUAGUGUUGCUAUUGUGAAACCUACUGAUGAGGAGCCUUUUGCGCCGAAUAACCCUAAAGGUUUUGUUGGUAAAGCUCUUGGACAGCCGGGAUUGAAACGAUCGGUUCGGGUUGGUGAAACUGGUUUUAGGGAGGUUGCGGCUUAUCUUCUUGACUAUGAUCAUUUUGCUAAUGUGCCUCCUACUGCCUUGGUGAAGGUUACUCAUUCUAUAUUCAAUGUCAAUGAUGAGGUCAAUGGAAAUUGUUUCCGGAGAAAGACACUGGUUAGCAAGAUAGCUUCUUGUCAGCAGUUCAUACAUCAUGAUUUUGACGCUAGCGAUCAUGGUACGUCGAGCUUCCCAGUUGCUUCGGUGCAUCGUAUAGGGAUAUUAGAUAUUAGGAUUCUUAACACUGAUAGACACGCUGGAAACUUGUUAGUUAGAAAAAUUGGUGAUGGUAUUGGGACUUUUGGUCAGGUGGAGUUAAUUCCUAUUGAUCACGGGCUCUGCCUACCAGAAACUUUGGAGGAUCCUUAUUUUGAGUGGAUUCAUUGGCCUCAAGCUUCAAUUCCGUUUUCUGAGGAGGAGCUUGCCUACAUUCGAGAUCUUGACCCUGCUCACGACUGUGAGAUGCUUCAAAUGGAGCUGCCAAUGAUUCGAGAGGCUUGUUUGAGAGUGUUGGUGCUCUGCACCAUUUUUCUCAAGGAGGCUGCUGAAUUCGGCCUUUGUCUUGCUGAAAUUGGCGAGAUGAUGACUCGUGAGUUCCAUAGGGGUGAGGAGGAGCCAAGUGAACUCGAGGUUGUUUGUUUGGAGGCAAGGAAGCUGUUGGCAGAGAUGGAGAAAGAACUAUCUCCAAGGACUGAGGUGGGUAACGAUGAAUUCCUGUUUGAUAUCGACUAUGAUGAAGCUGGAUCAGAUUGCACUCCAAAAUUUGCAAUGGAUGAUCCUCUAAUGAGAGCAACUUUUCAGCAUACACUUGGAAAUGGGCAUGCUCGCAAUCUACUUUCCAAAUUGGAUGAGUGCAUUGAAGAGGAAGAGGAGGAAAGUGACAAUGAAUCUCCUCAGGAAUAUGGCACUUUCUCCACUCAAGAAAAAGUUCCAACUAUUCCGGAGAUUACUGUGUCGCUGAAAACUACCAUGUUAGCUGAGAAAAAGCAGAAACACUCUGGAGGAAAACCGGAAAAUGGCCACUCUGUGAAUACAUCAUCUGGCCAUAGGAGUGCAAACGAGCAGCUGCCAGCAAGUAUAAGCUUUGUAAAGCUUGCAGAUAUGACUGACGAUGAAUGGACCUUGUUUCUGGAGAAGUUUCAAGAGUUGCUGUAUUCCGCAUUUGCCAAGAGAAAAUCGAUAACCUUAGGUCAGAAGCAGCUGCAGAGGCUUGGUACUUCAUGCCAGUUUUGAAGAAUAAGGCUUUUAUUAUAGGUUGCGGAGAUUGCAGGAUUGUUAGAAUGGUUCCUGUUUGAGAUUUGGAUGAGGGUAGGAAGAACCACUGUAGAUAUGCUUAAGUGGUGAGCCUAAUAGUUGUUUGCAUUUUCAUUUUAUGAUUUCAUUUCUUCUUUGUUAUCAUUUUGCCCUCUUUUUGUUCUCUGACUUGUCUGAUAAAUAAUUUGUAGGAUAUAUUUGUGAAAUGAAAUUUGUGUAUAUAAUGAAUGUAAUUUGUUCACUUUUUUAUCCUAUUAGUUUUGUUACUGGAA